GAAAUUUUCGUAUUCAUCUGAUUGCAAUCAUCGGUUCCAUUAGAACUUUUUUACUGUUUUCAAGUUUAUUUUCUUUCAUUUGAUUGUUACUCGUGAUUUCUGUGCUUCGUGAUGGCUCCUAUUCUUGGUUAUUGGAAUCUUCGUGGUCUUGGUGAUCCAAUUCGUCUCUUGUUGGCUCAAGCUGAUGUCGAAUAUGAACUUAAGACUUACAACAUCGGUGCUGCUCCUGAGUAUUCAAAAGAUGAUUUUCGGUCUGGAGCAAAUGAACUAGGACUUGAUUUCCCUAAUUUACCUUAUUACAUUGAUGGUGACGUUAAACUAUCACAAACUGUUGCUAUUUUGCGAUAUUUGGGACGGAAAAAUGGACUAGCUGGUACUGAAGAAAAUGAGGUAACUCGAUGUGAUUUAGCUGAACAAGCGUCGAUGGAUAUGAUCAUGUUCUUGUUCAAAUGUUGGCGAACUCAUGAUGAAACAGCACAAAAAGAAAUCAAUGAAUAUAUUCCACCUAAAUUGGAACAAUUAAACAAAUUCCUUGGAUCUGGUCCUUUCGUUCUUGGUGAGAAAGUUUCAUACGCUGAUUGUAUCAUGUAUUCUCUAUUGGAUUUCGUCCGAAUUUACAAAUGCGAAUUGAUUGAAGCUCAUUCAACACUCAAAGAUUUUCUUUCUAAAUUUGAAUCCUUACCCAAAAUCGAUGGAUAUUUGAAAAGCGACAAAUUCAGUCGCUUACCAAUAAGCGGUCCAAUGUAUGGAUGGGGAGGAAGCGCUGAGCCAUCAGAAACAGUAGAAACUCCAGUAACAGUUGAAGUGGCCGAGACUCAAGAAGUUCCUGAGGCCACAGAAUAAAUAAUUUCAUUGAUGAAACUUUACUAUCAAAUAAAAUCCAAAAAAUGUAAAAUCUUCACGAUUUGAAUUAGAUUAUCAAAAUAAUCGAUACAAAUAAUAGUGAAUAAAUUUCAAUUUCUUCAUCUUCAA